ACAGGAUCGACUGCAGCAUGGCAAAGCUGGCGAUAUCAGUGCUUCUGGCUUUGGUGGCUGUUUGCCUAGCAGCGCCAAGUGGCCAUGAACGCGGACCAGAAGGAGGAGGUUCCGGAUAUGAAGGAGAUGGCGGAUAUAAUAAUGGUGAUAAAGAUAAUCAAGGCGGCCAUGAGAGGAAGGGACCACAGCGCUUGAAAAGGCACUACCACCAUGGGUUAAAUGGAUACGGAGGCGGCGGAUAUGAUGGCGGGGGCUUAGGGGGCCCAGCGUACGGAGGUUUAAUUGCAAUGCCUUUGGGGAACUCCCAAUCUUACUCGAAGUCCUCGGCUAGUGCUAGCUCUAUGUCUGGCAGCGGUGGCGGUGGCGGUGGCGGGUACCAUGGUUAA